AUGGCAGGCCCGCUCGGAGGUCCGCCCACUAAUUUGUCCAGAUCGCCGUACAUGCACCCUUUCCGCCCCGCGUCCAUCAUGAACGCCAACAGAUUCGACGAGGGCUACUCGGAGGAUACGCGCAGCCAGCAUGAGACGGACAUGGUCAUGGGCGCCGGUGACAGCGGCAUAAAGCCAGAGGCGCAGCAGUUCAGCCUGCCCGACUGGAUCCUGGGGCUCGACGAACAGCAGCGCAGCGAGAUCGCAUAUGCCAUUCUACGGUCGUUGCGGACUGCGUCCAUAGCAGGGAUUGUCGAGAAACUGAACCCGUUACUGCAUCUCGACCCCGUAAUGUACCUCCCGCCUGAGAUCACCUUUCAGAUUCUCUCCUACCUCGAACCUGAAACACUGCUACGAGCGUCGACCCUAUCGCGAGCAUGGAGGAUACGAGUCCUGGACAGCCCGUUGUGGAAGCUGCUGUUCCGUCUCGAGGGCUGGAACUCCAACUUUCCGCAGGUGCGCGAGUACGAGGAAGCCGAACGGCAGCGACGCGCCGGCUUCAGGGAGAAGGAGCGCAAGACACGUCCCAGGGCUGCAGAAGACAUGGACCUAGACAAACCAUCGUCCAAGAGGCGCGUGCGCGGCGAACGCCAGCUAUUCGGCGACGGCACGGCUGCAGAGAGUGGCGCUGCACCAGACCAGACCGCCUGGGGCGAACAGCAUGGAACGGUCGAGGCUGACGAAGGUGCUUUGAGCCGGGCAGAGGAUGAGAUGGAAGGUGUGGUCGCAACGCCCUUGCAGACUUCACAAGAGCGCCGAAAUUCGCCCACGCAAAACAGAGAACCCUCAACAACGGACAGCACCGUGCCUCAAAUUCACCCAUCACUACUACUACCAGGCUCAGAAGCGAAGCUCAACUGGCAAUAUCUAUACAAACAGAAGAAGCGGUUAGAGGAUAACUGGGACGCUGGCCGUUACUCCAAUUUUCAACUACCUCAUCCCAAUCACCCCGAAGAAGCUCACACUGAGUGCGUGUAUACGAUACAGUACUCAGGGAAGUAUCUUGUCAGCGGGAGUAGGGACAGGACUAUCAGGAUCUGGAACCUCGACACACAACGUCUAAUCCACAAACCACUUUCAGGGCACAUGGCUUCCGUACUGUGUUUGCAAUUCGAUGAACGGCCCGAGCACGACUUGGUCGUUUCUGGAGGGAGUGACUGCAGAGUCAUUCUUUGGCAGUUCUCGACCGGACGCAAGAUCAAGGAGAUUGAGAAGGCACACUCAGAGUCUGUUCUGAACCUGCGCUUCGAUGACCGGUACCUGGUCACUUGCUCGAAAGACAAGUCCAUCAAGGUCUGGAAUCGAAGAGAAAUGCUGCCUACUGACGACACAUAUCCCUCCUCAACCACGAAGAGCGGGGCGCGAUUCCCGGAGUACAUCAUCAACAUGCAGCAGCACGUGGAAAAUCAGCACCUGCACUUCACGCCUCUGAGGCCUUAUAACCUUGUUAUGACAUUGGAAGGGCAUGGCGCAGCUGUCAACGCCAUUCAGAUCCUAGAUGGACAGAUCGUUUCAGCUUCUGGUGACAGGAGUGUCAAAGUAUGGGAUGUGCGAACCGGUGCAUGCAUUCGAACAUUUCAAGGUCACAGCAAGGGCAUUGCCUGCGUUCAAUUUGAUGGACGCAGAAUUGUCAGCGGCAGCUCCGACGAAACAGUCCGCAUAUUUGAUCGGGCUACAGGAGCCGAGGUAGCUUGUCUAAACGGGCACAGCAAUCUUGUACGCACUGUGCAGGCUCAGUUCGGAGACCUGCCUGGCAACGAGGAAGAGCUUGAAGCCGAAGCGCGAGCAGUAGACCGGAAUUUCUUCGAAGCACAGAACAGGGGCCAGGUCGAACAUAGACUAUCUAGGGCCCAGCGGCGCGCUCGUAACGCUGGAUCCCGGGACCCGAAAUCUAUCUUUGCAUAUGGUGCGAAGCUUCCACCGGGUGGUGGCGGCAGCAAGUGGGCCCGCAUCGUAUCUGGGUCCUACGAUGAGACAGUCAUUAUCUGGAAGAAAGGGGCUGACGGUGCUUGGGAAAAGUCAAAGAUCCUAUAUCAGAACGACGCUGUCAGAGCCGCCGGCGGCCGACCCAGAGCGCGGGUUGCUCAGACACUUGCCCAAGGUGCUCAGGGCACUCAGAACGCUGCUCAACAACAGGCAGGCCAGGCAGCCGCGCAGCAGAAUAACUUCCAGGCACUGGCUCAGCAAGCUCAAGCUCAGGCACAAGCAGCGCAAAAUCUUGCCCAGCAGGCUCAAGCUCUUCACGCAGCCUCACAAGCAAUGCAGGGCAACGGUGCUGGCAACGCCGCCAAUGGCGGUAAUUCACGGCCGCCCACCACCGCUGCCCCUGGCUUCGCUGCCGCCCCCGCUGGACCUGCUAACCAAACCGGCCCUGCACCAGCAUCAGCAGGAGUUGCACAACAGCCCGCACCUGCGAACGCUGCAGCUCACCAUCACCAUCACGGUCCUCACCACCACCACCAUCCCCAUCCACUUGGUGUACCGCUAGCCAACCAGGGCACCAAUUCACGCGUUUUCAAACUACAAUUUGACGCACGGAGAAUCAUCUGUUGUAGUCAAGACCCGACGAUUGUAGGAUGGGACUUUGCGAAUGGUGAUAAGGACAUUAUUCUCGCUGCACAGUUCUUUGGCGACUCCUACUAG